UACCUAUCUCGCUGACGUCAGAUCCCACCGUCAGAGCUCACACUUGUAACGCCGUUUCCUGCAUUUUCCACAAAGCAAAGAGAAUAACUUUGUGCAGAGAGAGAGAGAGAGAGAGAGAGAGAGACGAAAGAAGAAGAAUGGGUCUGCUUACGAACAAGAUGGAGAGAGAAGGGUUAAAGCCAGGAGAUCACAUCUACACUUACAGAGCAGUUUUCGCUUAUUCUCACCACGGAAUCUUUGUCGGUGGAUCCAAGGUUGUUCAUUUCAGACCUGAGCACAACGUGAAUGCUUCUUCUCCCAUGGAUUCAUUCUCAUCAGCUUCUUCUUCCCCUGAAGAUAUCUGCCCAACAUUUCCUGAUUGUGGUUUCAGACAAGCAAACAGUGGAGUGGUCCUUUCUUGCUUGGACUGCUUCCUCAAGAACGGCUCACUCUACUGCUUCGAAUAUGGAGUCAGCCCAUCGGUUUUCCUCACCAAAGUCCGUGGAGGCACUUGCACAACCGCGCAAUCCGACCAAACUGAUUCAGUCAUCCACAGGGCAAUGUACCUUCUCCAAAACGGAUUUGGAAACUAUGACAUUUUCAAGAACAACUGUGAGGAUUUCGCGCUCUACUGCAAGACUGGUUUGCUCAUAAUGGAUAAGCUCGGUGUAGGGAGAAGCGGUCAAGCUUCUUCCAUCGUUGGUGCUCCUUUGGCUGCUAUUCUCUCGUCCCCUUUCAAACUGCUGAUUCCAAGUCCCAUUGGUGUGGCAACAGUUACUGCUGGAAUGUAUUGCAUGAGCCGCUAUGGUACUGAUAUUGGUGUUAGAACUGAUGUGAUUAAGGUUUCCGUUGAGGAUUUGGCUCUCAACCUUGACGUGAAGACCAUUGAGCAAGUCGAAGAAGACGAAGAAGAAGAUGAUUCCGAUACCGACUUUGUUCGGUGACAAACAUAAUACUGUGAUAUUGAAUGUUUUUCAAUGUUUGUGAUGAAAAUGCUUUUAUAAUUUAAGCAAAUACUUAGGAAAAUCAACUGCUAAUCCAAUAAAUUGAACAUUUUCCAGCAAUCUUCUUAGUUACUGCAAUUACUGUAUAUCUUAUUUCA